CAGGAAGAAGGCAACAUGACUUCGUUUACGUGGACGCUGGUGGUCUUGGGUAUCCUGGCGGUGGGCUCUCAAGGCUCUCUCCCACAGCCUCGGUUGUCUCCGCGGCGCUAUGAAGACUUGGCGUGGAUCGAGCAGACGUCUUCCGAGACGCAGAGUGCGGAACGCUUUCAGGAGGUCCGGCGGGGCGACGAGAGGAGCGUCCAGGUGCUGCGGGGCGCGCGGACAGGUGCCGACACCCACCUGAGGCACGAGGGACGGAGGAAUGACGCAGCAAUACCAAUUAACUGCAAAAACCGGCCAAUUGACCUGGUUUUCAUCAUAGACAGCUCCCGCAGUGUGCGCCCUGCUGAGUUUAAAAAGGCCAAAGAGUUCCUGCAGGAAAUGGUGGACAGCCUGGUCAUCGGAAGAGAUGCCACUCGUGUCAGCCUCGUUAAUUAUGCGAGCACGGUCAAGAUUGAGUUUCUCCUCAACACCUAUUUUGACAAAUCCUCCGUGAAGCAGGCACUCGGCCAGAUCGAGCCCCUGGCUUCAGGCACCAUGACGGGCAUGGCCAUCAAGACCGCCAUGGAAAAAGCCUUCGCCAAGGAGGCCGGGGCCCGAUCCGCCUCCAUGAACAUCGCUAAGGUGGCUAUUAUAGUGACUGACGGGAGGCCCCAGGACAAGGUGGAGGAGGUGUCAGCGGCAGCCAGAGCAUCGGGGAUAGAGAUCUAUGCAGUGGGAGUUGACAGAGCCGACAUGGCUUCCCUGCAGCUUAUGGCCAGCCAACCACAUGCUGACCAUGUCUUCUAUGUGGAGACCUAUGGUGUGAUCGAGAAGCUCACAUCCAAAUUUAGGGAAACCUUGUGUGGUUUGGAUCCAUGUGCUCAAGGACACAACUGUCAACAUAUCUGUGUCAACAGCGGCGACUCGUACAGCUGCAAGUGUCGCCCAGGCUACGUCUUGAAUCCAGACAAGGAAACAUGCUCACGUGCAGAUGCCUGUACCCAGAGACAUGACUGCCAGCACAUUUGUGUCAACAGCGGUGACUCAUACAUGUGCCAGUGUCGAAAUGGAUAUGUGUUGAAUGCAGACAAGAAAACAUGCUCACGUUCUGAUCCAUGUGCCCAUGGACAUGAUUGCCAGCACAUUUGUGAAAACAGUGAUGGAUCAUAUAUCUGCAAGUGUCGACUUGGAUAUAUGUUAAAUACAGACCAGAAAACGUGUUCACGUUCUGAUCCAUGUGCCCGCGGACAUGACUGUCAGCACAUUUGUGUAAACAGUGAUGGCUCGUACAAGUGCAAAUGUCAAGAGGGAUAUGUGUUGAAUCCAGAUAGAAAAACAUGCUCUCGUUCAGGUACAUGUGCAGAGGGGCAUGACUGCCAACACAUUUGUGUCCAAACUGAUGACUCGUACGUAUGCAAAUGUAAAACAGGAUAUGUUUUGAAUCCUGACAGGAAAACAUGCAUACGUACAGAUGCAUGUGCUCGGGGACACGACUGCCAGCACAUAUGUGUCAACAGCGGAAGCUCCUAUGUCUGCAAGUGUCGGCUGGGAUAUGUGCUGAACAUGGACAAGAAAACAUGCUCACGUUUGGAUGCAUGUAUGCAGGGACACGACUGCCAGCAUAUUUGUAUCAACAACGGUGAUUCUUACAACUGCAAGUGUCGAGUAGGAUACACACUAAAUUCAGACCAGAAAACAUGUUCACGUAAGGAUUUGUACUUUAUUCAAGGCACACUUUUUUUAUAUGGCAGGUUGAUAGUGACGUAUGACCACUUGAAGGAACAGUCUGGCACAAGCUUCCCUAAAGCUGCUGGCAUGUACAUCAGGAAACUUGAUGAUUUUCAGUGCAGGUCUGGGUCUACAGAAUGCCACGAAAGAAAGAAAUCAGCAGUGUCCAUUGAUAAGCAAUUGUUCUUGCCCAUUCAUCUGGGAAGGGUUGUUGGGCCAUUUCUAAGCAAUUGAAUGUCCGUCAGUGGGAAAGAUUAUUAACAAGUGGGAAGCUUGGUCCAAACUGUGUCAUCUAAUGGACUAUUUUUUAAAAGACAUCAGCAAAUCUACAGCAGAAUGGCUGAAAAAG